AUGGCCGUGAACGUAGCGGUGAAUAAAAGGCUCGAUUAUGCCCUGCGAGCGCUGCAGCUCAUCUUCGCCAUCAUAGUCAUGGGAUCGGACGGCCACGCUAUCCGCGAGUUUCACGGCCACACUGUCUACGAACACUUUCAGUUCGGCAACUACUAUGAUUAUGUCGGCGUCCCUGAUGCGUGGAGCUUCUUGUUGUUCUGCGCUGUUUGGACACUUCUGAUUGUCAUCUUCCACCUCAUUGCUGGAAUCUACUUCGCGGAUCGUGCGUUGAUUGGCUACAUUCGUGUCGGUGUUGAGGCUGUGGCUGUUCUCUCAUGGCUGGCUGGUUUCAUUGCUGUGGCUAUUCAAAUUCCGACAGGCACAUGUUCGGAAGAAAAGAAUUCAUGUGCGCUGCUCAAAGCGGCGACAGUCUUCGGGGCGUGUGAAUGGCUACUAUUCAUGUUUACUGCAACCCAGACUUUCAAGCUUGUCUUCAACAGCACUCGCAAGCCGAAGACCUCUCCGACCAGACCGGCUGCAGAUGUUUGA